AUGAGCUCUGUAACUAGUAAAGCUCAGCAUUCAAAUUCUCAAUCGGUGCAAUCACCGCCAAGGUUAAACAAGGGUUUGAAUGAGGAAGAAAGCAGCAAUGAUGAAGAUACUGCUUCUCAAACCGUGAGUAGGCCGUUAUUGAAGUUGAAAUUAUUGGACUAUUUGCGUCAAGGAUCCUUCACUAAUCUUAAACAGCUUAUUGACUCACAAUUUCAGCCGAAAAACGAUCCCAAUGUGAAGGCUGUCAAAAGUUUGAUCCUGCAUUAUGCCGUACAGGUGGCUCCAUUAGCUUUGAUUAAAGAGAUUGUCGCCAAAUGGUCCGGCAAAGAGGCAUCUGACAUUUGCUUAGAUAUCAACCAGACCGAUGAAAAUGGUAAUACACCACUUCACCUUGCUGCAUUUCAGUCGCGUGGUGAUGUAGUGUCUUUUCUAAUGGAUCAACCUAAUGUAAACGAUUGUGUGUUGAACAAUUCUAAUUUGCAACCUAUUGAAAUGUGUAAGAACUUGAACAUUGCUCAAAUGAUGCAGGUGAAGAGGGCACACUAUGUCGCCGAGAUUGCACAGGAAUUUAGAACUGCUUUCAACAAUAGAGAUUUUGGACAUUUGGAGUCGAUAUUGAGUGCUCCACGCAAUGCCGAGCUCCUGGACAUCAACGGUAUGGAUCCAGAAACCGGUGACACUGUUUUGCACGAAUUUGUCAAGAAAAGAGAUGUCAUCAUGUGUCGUUGGCUUUUGGAACAUGGAGCAGACCCUUUCAAGAGAGACCGUCAAGGGAAGCUGCCAAUCGAUUUGGUCGGUAAAGUCAACGAGAAUAACACGGCAACAAAUACAAAGACUGCGAUCGAAAUGGAGCUGAAAAAACUCCUGAGUAAAGCUGCCAAAGAGCAAAGCGUCAUCGAUGUAACCAAUAAUUUGAACGAGGCACCUACCUAUAAAGGGUAUUUAAAGAAGUGGACGAAUUUUGCACAGGGUUACAAGUUGAGGUGGUUUAUCUUGAGCAAAGAUGGUAAACUUUCGUAUUAUAAAGAUCAAUCGGACACCAAAAACGCCUGCCGUGGUUCCUUGAGUAUGUCAACUUGCUAUUUGCAUUUGGAUUCGUCUGAGAAACUGAAAUUCGAAAUAAUCGGCGGUAGUGAUGGUACAAUAAGGUGGCAUUUGAAGGCCAACCACCCAAUCGAGACUAACCGCUGGGUUUGGGCCAUUCAAGGCGCCAUAAGGUUCUCUAAAGAUAGAGAAAUGAUGAACAAAAGUGGAAAUAUCCCACCUUCGCUCGCGAUUAAUAAAGGUGCGCCUUCUUCCAACAAUGUUCAAAAGCUUCAUUCUUAUGAAAGGCAACGUCAUCCUCUACCCCUUGAGAGAGAGGAAGGCAGGGAUAGGCACCAUAACAGAGUUCCCUCAGCUUCUUCAUCAACAAAACCACGCAAGCCUAGCGCUACGUCAAGCGAAGUGAAUUUGAAUGAUAACUUGACAGAAUCCGGUAAGUUAUAUGUCAACAAGGUGUUGGAAAAUCGUGAAUCCACUUCAAGGGCAUCAUCUAUCAAACACUUCAAGACGGAUUCUCAAAGCAUUGAAAACACCAGCAGCAUCAACAGAAAUCCCUCUUCGAAAUCCAACGAAGGUGCUGCCAGUCAAUCAGGAUCUUUGUUUGGUACUGAGUCAGCCUUUGCCGAUGGGCAGAAUACCUCUAUGGACCAAGAGGGGGACCUGAUGACGGAUGAUGAAGAGAAUACCGAUGUUGUUAAUGGUGAUGAUGAAGAUGUUGUGGUUCUGUAUGGCCCAUACGCUGUAAAAUUGGCCAUGUUACAAAGAUCUAUUGCAAUGGACUUGAGCUCCCUUAACGAACUACUAGAAUCAGGUAGUCCUGAUCAGGAAGCAUGGUCGACCAUAAAAACGUCACUGGCGACCGUCUCAACUACCUUCGAAAAAAUGAACUCAUUAUCUUCUGCAAGAGACAAGAAGCUAGUUUCCAUGCUGUCUAAACAACGGGACAUUAAUAACGUUUGGAUUCAAUCUGUGAAAGAUUUGGAAAUAGAGCUGAUCGAGAAGAGCAAUAGAUUAGCUUCUUUGGAUAAGGAGAGAAGAAACUUGAAGAAACUCUUGCAAAAAGGUCUAGUCGAAUCAAGCGAGCCAGCCAACGUCUCGGAGCCAAAUCUUCCUGAAGAAACUCCAAAUGCUUUAGAAGAGAUUGCAAAAUUCAUCGAUGCCACGAAAGGGGAAGAUGAGGGUUCUGAUGCUGACGAGUUUUAUGAUGCUGAGGAACUGGUCGAGGCUUCAACGCAACUAGAAGAAGAGAAGGCUGAGGAAAUUCCAAAGAAGGAGAUCCCAUCAGACUUAGAAAUUGCUACAAAAUCGAGGAAACCGGUAUCUCAACCUCCUUUAGAGGAAGAAAGAACCGAGGAACCGUCAGAGCAAGUAUCAGGAGUGACAGAAGUUGAAACUCAGGAAAGGCCAGCCGCACAAGAAGACGAAAAGAAGCCUGCUUCAUCAGGUGUGGAUGAAGUCACCUCGACCAUCGCGGUAACACCGGAACAGGAACAAAAAGGUAAGUUGAUACUGUCUGAAGGCACAUAUUUGGGUUAUGAAGAUGGUAUCAGAAAGAGAUUGAAAUUGGAUAAGGAUGAUCGUCCUUCUGUUAGUUUAUGGUCAGUUUUGAAAUCCAUGGUUGGUAAAGAUAUGACAAGGAUGACGCUACCGGUGACUUUUAAUGAGCCUACAUCUUUAUUACAAAGAGUGGCCGAAGAUCUAGAGUACACACACUUAUUAGACGAAGCUGCUUCUUUUGAAGAUCCGACGUUGAGACUUUUGUACGUGGGUGUUUUCACUGCAUCUUCCUAUGCGUCAACUAUCAAGAGAGUUGCCAAGCCUUUUAAUCCUUUACUGGGAGAGACUUUUGAAUACGCAAGACCAGACAAGCACUUCAGAUUUUUCACAGAGCAAGUUUCACAUCAUCCACCAAUCUCAGCCACUUGGACGGAAUCACCUAAGUGGGAUUUCUACGGUGAGUCCAAUGUCGACUCAAAGUUCAACGGUAGAUCAUUUGCGUUUAAGCACCUGGGUUGGUGGCACAUCAGCAUGCGUCCCGACGAUAAGUCUCCAGACGAAUUGUACACCUGGAAGAAACCUGAUAACACUGUUAUCGGUAUCCUCGUGGGUAAUCCUCAGGUCGACAAUCACGGUGACGUUAAGAUUGUGAAUCAUACGACUGGUGAUUACUGUAUGUUGAACUUCAAAGCUCGAGGAUGGAGAUCGAGUGGAGCAUACGAAAUGAGAGGAGAAGUAUUCAACAAGAAGGGACAAAAGAUGUGGGUGCUAGGUGGACACUGGAACGAUACCAUUUACGGUAAGAAGGUUACUGCUAAAGAUAGUGGCGAGAUACCAUUGCAAAAAACUGCCACUGCAUCUUCUUCGGCUUUUACAGGUCCAAAGUUUGAUGGCUCGAAGUUUUUGAUCUGGAAGACUGCCCCAAGACCCGAUGCACCAUUCAACUUGACACCAUUCGCAAUUACUUUAAACGCACCACAACCAAAAUUGCUUCCAUGGUUAGCCCCAACCGAUACACGUUUAAGACCUGACCAGAGAGACAUGGAAGAUGGUCGCUAUGAUGAGGCUGCAAAGGAAAAGCACAGAGUAGAAGAGAAACAGAGAGCAGAACGUAAGAAAAGGGAGAGUAAAAACGAGAAAUAUUGCCCUAAAUGGUUCGUUCAAGAGCAACAUCCUAUCACAAAGAACAAGUACUGGAGAUUCAAUGGAAAUUACUGGAUGAUGAGGAAGGAACACAAACUCAAGAAUUGCGGCGAUAUUUUCUAG